AUGGCGGAAACUACUCGAUGUUUGCCAAUCAUUGAAGAAGAGGAAAUAGACGAUGACUUCUAUGAGAAGAUUGAAGCGCCCAAGUUCGUGGACUUCACCGCACCUGAUGUUCGCCGCUCCGACGAUGACCGCCACUGGUUCUGCUUGCGCUUUGGAUGUGACCAAAAACAUGAACAAGAGUUGGACUCUGAAGCAAUUUACAAGAAUUUCGUUCUUCGGGUUAUGGCAGCCAGAAGUCCCAAUGUACGCCUCAGAAAGGCAUUAAAUAGAAGAGAAGCAAGUGCAAAUUUGAAGUGUCCCCUUACAGCUCCAGCAAAGUCAAGGGUGUCAAGAAUGCCUUUGAUUUCCUCGUUGUCACACAAGAUGAAUGACAACAAUGUGAAAGUUAAACCUCUUUCUAAGUUUGCUGCAGCAACCCCAAAUGCUAAGGUGAAGCAACCACCUUCUGUGGCCAAGGCUUUGACUACCCCAAGGAAUCAAAACAAGGUUUCCAAACUGGAACAAUUUAGAAGUGUUCAGAGCAAGAAAGCAAUGACUGUUGUUGCGCCUAAGAGCAGAGUGAUAGCGAAGGCUCUAGUUUUUCACUCGCCAAAGAAGGUGGUAAAGACCAAGAGUUCUGUUGAAUUGAAUACAGCCAUGAAAACAUUGUGUUCGGCAAUGAACAAGCUUGAACUCAGUGGAGGGAAGAAGAAUGGAGAAGGAUGUAACAACCCAUUGCCAGUGGCUGCCUCUAGAAAACAAUUCAGGGGACGAGAGGUUAAAAGCCGUGUGUUUGAUUCAUUGUAUUCUAAUAAUCGCAAGGAACAAGAAACUAACAAUCUGAGAUGUUUGAAGGAGAGGAAGGUUAAAGGCAUGCAGAAACGCCAGGUUACUGUGCCUCGUGAAAAUGACUCUAGUAACAAGGAGAUGAUGGAUGAAAAAUCAAGGGGUGACUCUCUAGAAAGAUGCCCUGAAUCAGGAACUUCGGGAGGUGGUAGUGAACUGUCUCUGGGAGAUGAAGAAUCCCAAGAACAAACAAGAGGAGAGAGUUCAGUUCUAGCUUUGUCAGAAGCUUCUAGAGAUGGCAUUACCUCGCUAUCAAGUUUGAACGAAGAAGAGAACAAGACUACUAAAGGGGGUGAAAAUGAAGAGAGAAAGAACCCGGUUUCAGAGACUGGAAAAGUUCAGGAAGCCAAAAAGAGAAAGGAUGGAGAUAAUUCUGUGGCUUCAGCUGCUGAUAAAGAAAAUGAGAGCGAACUCACAGUGAACGAUGACAAGGAAAAUGCUACAGCCCCUGAUGAGAACAUAGCGAUGAGUACCAAUGAUGGUGACCCGAAAAAGGCAAUUCAUAGCAGCAAGCAUGAAGAUUCGAGGAAAACACACAAGAAAUCCACAUUGACCUCUACCGGUUCUCAAGUUGUACAGUAUAGAAAAUUAAAGCCCACAAAUCCUAAGCCUUUUAAGCUGAGAACUGAUGAAAGGGGAAUUCUUAAAGAAGCGAAUUUGGAUAAAAAAAUUCCCUCACCCUCAGCCAAAGGUGGCAAGGCAAUUGGGAAACAUCAGAAUGUAAACCUAAACAGAAAAAAUGAAACUUGUCCCUCACGAAGUGAACAAGAUAUUGAUAAUUAUAGCAGCUGCGAUGAGAGAUCAAACCAAACAACACAAGAAAAUCAAUCUGGGUGCAUUCAAAAUGACAAGAAGGCACCUCACAGAAAUCCUGGUCCUAAACUUCAGAAACCCAUUGAUCUGGAUGACAAUUUCAAAAGAAAAUCUGUAAUGAUGCAACGUAAAGUAGUAAGGCCUGGAAGUGCUCUUUCGAGGAAUAAAGAAAAAGUUCUCCUUGCAACAGCUUCUAAACUCAAUGUUAUUAUUGAAAAACCGUCAGACAUUGUGAAGCCAAAGGAAGCAGCAAAGACAAGAAAAAAUGAUGCUUCUUCACCUACAAGCAAUGCCGAUUCCUCUUCCAGGCCUUGUUCGCGAGGACGGAGGAGGGCUUUAACUGUUCCAAAGGAACCAAAGGCUUUAACUGUUCCAAAGGAACCAAAGUUUCAGAGCCUGCACGUGCCAAAGAGCUGCACCACCAGGAAACCGACUUAG